AUGAGGCGCAAAAGCAAAAAAUACCGGACGGAAAAACACCCAACUACCGCCGAUACCGGUGAACUUUUGUGGAGGCAGCAAGUAUCCCUGAGACUUGUCAUGGUGCCGCUCUCUGACGCACCGUCCAGAUCAUCCAGUGAAGACUCACUCUCCAACCUGGAAAUGAUGGCGGAGACGCAGAGAGCAGGCAAGCCUAAGGCACAAAGCAACCCUCCAGUCACUGAAGACCGACUGAAAGCCCUCUUGGAUGAUCUACGCCGACAUAUCGCUGCAGACAUUAAUUAAUUUAAAGAGGAAAUUCAUGGGGUGUCGGUGAGACUACAUGACACAGAAAUCAGCACAGCAGCACACGAGGUCCGCAUUAAUAGCCUUGAGAGCGAGCUGACUAAGACCAAGAACGAUUUGAUCCAAACCCAGCACCAUGUUGCAGCAAUGGAAGAUCAUAGGCGAUGGAACAAUGUUAAAAUAAGGGGCCUAGCUGAGAGCGUUACAACCGCAGAAAUCCACCACCUCAUCCGAAGAGUGUUAUCCAGAUUAUUCAUGCCAAAACAAGCCAAAGCCAGGUUGCUGGAGGGGUGCUACAGGCUACCACAACCGCAGGCGAACUCCCAGCAAACCAGCAGGGAUGUAAUAGUGCGUUUUCAGCACAGCCCGGAUAAGCAGGCCUUCCUGUCAGCGGUCCGCAUCACCACUCCUUACCAAUUUGAGGGACAUUCCUUAUUAUUCUACCCGGACAUCUCCAGGGCCACAAUGACAUGGUGGAGAUCCAUGAGACCACCUACCACAGUGCGGAUGCAACAUAGUAGAUGGGGAGCACCAUGA